CACCACUUUGGACAAAUCCACCCACUUCUCACGCGCAGAUAUCUUCCGGCUACGGCAUGGCACAAGACCGCAGAGGCGCAGAGUCAGGAGUCAUGCGGUCCCACAGAAGCUCACGCAGAGAAAACGCAGGAUCAUCACGAUCCAACGGCCAAUAACAUCCUGAUCCAAAAAAAAGGCAGCAACAUAUCUUGUGCGCACGAUAACCCGGUGUAACCCUGGCGCGCACUUUAGCUACUCCUUGCUACAAAAUAGAUAUCGUCCUCCAUGGAUGCGCUUUGCUCCUCCUUCCUGAACCCCGCCUCCCCCCACCCCCGCCUUUUGGAUCUUUCCAUAUUUUUUGUUUGAAAUUUUCAAUUCAAAUUUCGCACACUUUCUCGGCUUAUUUCUCUUUCUCAUUUCGAAGCUUCAGGUUGGGGGUUAGCUAUUAUUGUUCAAGCCCUAAAUUGAAGUUAAUGGAUGGAUACUGCGCUUUAAUUUGAUCAAAUGGUGAUUGAACUUGAAUGAUCGUUCCGACCUGCUAGAUAGACAUUGUUUCAUCUCAGAGAUGGUCAUGAAGCAUCGUCAAUAUGUAGACUUUCACUGAUUUGGAGAUUGUAGCUGUACACAAGAGAUCGGUUCUCAAUUGCUGCAUCUGAAGUUUCAUUUACCUGUGGUAAAGAAUGCCUGAGUUAACAGGUGCAGUGAAAGAAACUUCUGAAACUGGUACAGAUUUCUCUCCAGAUGACAGUGGCACUAUUGAGGAAAUGCCUGAGGACACGAUUUUGUCACGCCAGACUUCGGUGAAUCUUGUCCCGUUCAUUGGCCAGAGAUUUGUCUCACAGGACGCUGCCUACGAAUUUUAUUGUAGCUUUGCAAAGCAAUGUGGCUUCUCUAUCAGACGUCAUCGUACCCGAGGAAAAGAUGGUGUUGGUAGGGGAAUUACAAGAAGGGAUUUCACAUGCCACCGAGGUGGCUAUCCACAGCUAAAACCAUCAGAGGAUGGAAAGCUACAAAGGAAUCGAAAAUCAUCUCGUUGUGGAUGUCAAGCUUAUAUGCGGAUUGUUAAAAAAGCAGAUUUUGAUGUUCCAGAGUGGCGUAUCACAGGUUUUAGCAACAUCCACAAUCAUGAACUCUUGAAGUCAAAUGAGGUACAUCUGCUGCCUGCCUACUGCACGAUGUCUGCAGAUGACAAAAGUCGAAUUUGCAUGUUUGCAAAAGCUGGGAUGUCAGUACGACAAAUGCUAAGGUUAAUGGAGCUUGAGAAGGGUGUUAAGCUAGGUUGUUUACCAUUCACAGAAAUUGAAGUGAGAAACUUGCUUCAAUCUUUCCGAAAUGUGGACCGCGAUAGUGAUGCUAUUGAGCUUCUUGAAAUGUGCAAGGAAAAGAAGGACAAAGAUCCCAACUUCAAAUACAACUAUAAGAUAGAUGCUAAUAACAGGUUGGAGCAUAUUGCCUGGUCAUAUGCUUCAUCCAUUAGGUCAUAUGAGGCGUUUGGGGAUGCCAUAGUCUUUGAUACUACUCACCGCUUGGAUGCUUAUGACAUGCUUCUAGGAAUUUGGAUUGGAGUGGACAAUCAUGGAUUAAAUUGUUUUUUCGGUUGUGUGCUUCUUCAGGAUGAAAAUAUGCAUUCUUUCUCUUGGGCAUUAAAGACAUUCUUGGGCUUCAUGAACGGAAAGGCUCCAGGAACAAUUUCAACAGACCAAAACAUGUGGCUCAAGGAAGCAAUAGCUAUUGAAAUGCCAAGGACCAAACAUGCUUUUUGCAUUUGGCAAAUCAUUUCAAAGUUUUCUGAUUGGUUUUCUUUACUACUUGGGUCCCAAUAUGAUAGAUGGAAAGCUGAAUUUCAUCGGCUUUAUAACUUGUAUAUGGCAGAGGAAUUUGAAGUGGGAUGGAAAGACAUGGUUGAUACAUAUGGACUACAUGGAAAUAAGCAUAUCGUCAGCUUGUAUGCCUUGCGUACAUUUUGGGCACUACCUUUUUUGAGAUCUUACUUCUUUGCAGGAAUGACGAGUACAUUUCAAUCAGAGUCAAUAAAUGCUUAUAUCCAAUGCUUUUUGAGUGCACAAUCUGUACUUGAUAAUUUUGUUGAGGAGGUGGUUGCAGUUGUAGAUGCUAAAGUCCAACCCGGAACAAACCAAAAGAUGCAACGGAAGGUCCAGAAAGUCUCUCUCAAAACAGGCUCACCAAUUGAGGCGCAUGCUGCUAACGUUCUUACACCAUAUGCCUUCUGCAAACUACAGGAGGAACUUGUGUUGGCACCACAAUAUGCAUCACUGAUGGUAGAUGAAAGCUACUUUAUUGUGAGACACCAUACAGAAAUGGAUGGAGGUUGCAAAGUACUAUGGGCUCCUCAUGAUGAGUUCAUUAGCUGUAGCUGCCACCACUUUGAGUUUUCAGGCAUCCUCUGUAGACAUGUCCUUCGUGUUCUAUCAACAAACAAUUGUUUUCACAUUCCUGACCAGUAUCUACCCAUCCGUUGGCGUGAUAUCACUUCAUCUUUGACAAAGCUGGUCCAAUCUUCUACUUCACAGGAUCAGUCAGGGAAAGUCCAGUUAUUGCAAUCCAUGGUUUCUACACUGAUUACCGAAUCAAUUGAGACAGAGGAACGCCUUGACGUUGCUUGUGAUCAAAUUGCUUUGGCUUUGACUCGUGUCAAGGAAUUUCCUGGGCCAUCAUUGCACGGUGGUAAUGAUAUUGCGUAUGAUAGUCCGUCUGACUCAUUGAUUCUUCCAGAAGUUGAAGACUCUGAUAGCAUUGUGCAAAGUUUCACUAGGAAUUCUCAUGAGACUCUAGCUUUAGGAAAGCUGAAAGAGAGAAGAUCAAGAGAUGGGGAAGAUAUGUACAGGAAGAGAAGGCGUUGCUCUGUGCCUUGCUGUGGGCAGUUUGGACAUGAUGCUAAUGAUUGCCCCAUGAUGGGAGGUGACGUUUUGAAUGGGGAUGGGCUAGGUUUUUAUAGGUAACUCAACUGCUGGGUGAGGCUAGAUGUAUGAAGCUCGUUGUCCAUGUCCAUGCACCCAUGUAAGAAAACUUCCAUCGUCACUAAUGCAAUCCCCCCCCCCC